AUGGCUCCUAAACACUCCUUCAUCCAUGCAGAAGACUUCGCUACUCCUUCCGAUUUGGUCGAAUACCUCGACUACUUGGACAACAACGAUACCGCUUAUUUGGAAUACCACGCCUGGCGAAAUGAAAUCCCAACCUUUGACGAACCAAUGAUGGGCUCGACAGAAAGGAUGCUCUGCGGAGCUUGCAAAGAAAUCGCGCUCAGAAAGUCGCAAGGAUUUCCAAAGAGAAUGAUCGACUCGGUCGCAAGUUGGUGGUGGAUGAACACACACGACGACAUGUGCGUCCAAGGAACAGAAAUCCCAGACUGGCUCAACGAGAUCCCCGUCGUUUCAAUGGAAGACUCCUACGACGAGAAAAGAGAGGGUAACAUCAUAACCCCUUCAGAUCUUUCAGAGGACUUCUCCCUUCUCGCGACGCUCCAAGAGAAACCAACUCACCACAAGCGCCGACGCCGCUAA